AUGAGGGAAAGCAGACCUAUAUUUCCCAUCCAAGAAAAUACAGCCAUCUCGUAUCCAGGUCAGUGUGAACAGUCGGUAAGUAUUUUAUUUUUUAUGUUUGAAAUUUAGGUAUAUUUGGGAUUUGUUUGGAGAAACUCGAGGUUUGGCCUCAUGGAUAAUAUAAAAUUUCCCUCGGAAUCAAGGGGAACCAUCUUUUUGCUGGAUGUUUAACACAUUAGAUUGAUUUCAGGACUUUCUAAAAGCCGUUACAGCCGCUUCGGAAGGAGAUGUUACAAUUUUGGACGAGAUGAUCAAGCUCCACGGAAGGAACAUGGUAAAUUGGAAAUCAAAUGAUAAUCAGUCUCUCUUGCACUAUGCCGUCCGACAUGAGCGAUUAAAUGUCGUCAAGUUCUUGGUUGAGUAAGUUUUUGCAGCAAGUUUUCCAGAAAUUAUGUUAUCCUUGGUUGAUCAGAUGCAAAUUCUUCUUGUGUAGACGGUAUAAUUAUUUGAUAUUUUCAGGAACCGAGCUGAGAUCAACGUGUAUGACUCCAUGCUAAACACAGUUUUCCAUUAUGGGGCCAGAUUUCAGUCGCCACAAUGUAUGAAAUAUUUGUUGAAACUUUUGAAGGGUCUGGCCAGAAAUAAAUUGGGAGAUAUGAAGUUGGAGAAGGGCAAUUUGGAGAUUGGUGAGUGCUUUGUGUUGUGUUUUGUUUUUAGAUUUCAACAAAGGAUUUCAUCGGUCUGAAAUCACGCACUUUUGAUGUUAUACUUGACCCAUCUGAAGAAACCAAGUUAUUUUCCUUUGAUUUCAGCAAAGCGUUUAUUGGACGACCCCGCAAUAGAUGGAAGGACACCUCUGCAUUAUUCCGCGAUGCAUAGGGACGCUGAAAUUGCCGGGGUACGUUUUGAUUUGCGUCAUUUUCGAUGAACGUCUGAGCUCAUGCGCAAUACAUUCUUCUCACUUUUUUUAGAUGAUUCUCCGAGCUCUUUAUGUCCUAUUCGAUCCGGAAGACUUUAUCAAAGCUGCCACGCGUCUGGAUUCCCAUUUUCACACAGCUGCCCACAUUGCUUGUCGGUAUAAAAGCAUAAAUGUCUUGAGAUUAUUCAUUGAUCCGUACGAGUGCUUUCGGACGAUUGGAGAAGGACGAGGAGUGUGUAAAGCAAUGGUAAUUGAGAUCCACAAACGGCUACAGACACCCGACAUACAAGGGAGAUGUUUCAAUCCGAAGAAAAAGAAGACCGAAGUCAAGAAGAUUGAUGUGAGAAAAAACUUGUCCUUGGCUGUAAGUAUUUUGAUUUUUUGUUGUUUUGAGUUUAGGGAACAGGGAUAGCCCUUUGUGAACCUGGUUAUCAGCGAGUUUUUUUGUCGUAAACUGCAUACAUGCAGUUCUUGGCGAUUUCCGAUAUUAUGCAUGACCUCGGGUCAGAAAUUUUUGGGUUUCUUGUAAUUUCUCCGAAUAUUUAUUUUAAUUUUUCUUCAGGAGCCAGUUAAAUUCCUAAAGAGGGCAUAUUCAAGUAGAACACGUGAAGAAAUGGCCAAGACAAUGAUGAAAAUGCGUCAUGAAAACGAACGCCUUCGCUACGAAUUAGACAAAAUACGCUCUGAAUUGAAUAAAGAAAAUCCGGCUGAGCCUGAGGAGAAGGACUGUUUUGUUGAAGUUCAGGUAUGAUUCUGGUUAUUUUUUUGGAUUUUGUUUUUAGAUCUAUUGGAGAUAAUUUUGGAUAUAAGUUUUUUCGAAGUAAUCGGUAUACCUAUUUCCAGAAGAACGUAAUAAUUCAAUUGCCGUCAAUCGAUCUGGACAAACUCGAUGAAACAGAGCAAAAAGAGGUACUUUUUUAUUUGAUACCUAGUACAAUAUAAAAAGUUGUUAGAUUCUAUCCCAAAUAUUUCUCCGAUUGUUUCGAUUUGAUUGUUCUGCUUUCAGCAUGAGGAUUCCUCGACAUUCCCCUCGCACCGCAUACAGGAAAGUGUUACUGAGCGGUUCAAAAACACAAGAAUCGAGAAGAUGCCGUCGGACUCCAAAAUUUCUCGGCCUGAGUUCAAUUCAUCGGAAUUGAGGUCCAUUUACACUUUUUCGUCCUUAUCGUCGCUUGAAAAUUCAGAUUUCUCAGCGUUUUCUGAUCCAUAG